CUGUUGUUGGGCCAGUGGAGGCCUGGCUCUGUAACUGCAGGAACUACCUUGAGUAACAGGCUGUCCCCUCUGUCUAUGUCGUGCCCGUCCCCUUCUCUCAGUGAAAUGCCUUUUGGCCGCAGGCCCACCUUUCACCGAAACAUUUGCACCAAAGUGCUGCUGGCUGAGGGCAGAGAGUCACCCUUCACUGAGCACUGCCGCAACUUUGAGAAGAGCUACAGGGUUCUUCAGACAGAGGUCCAGAGGCUGAAGGACGAGGUUCAGGAGAUUCACAGAGACCUAACAAAACAUCACUCUCUCAUCAACACGGACACUAUGGAUGAGAUCCUGGAAAGGUCUGUACUCAUUGACGAACAGAUCGUGUCUCAGUAUUCUGCUGUGCAGACCCAGAGGGCCAUAUUUGAGGAGAUAUGGGAUGUGACCUUUCAAAGAGUAACCAAAGAGCAAGAGAUCUACGAAGCACAGCUCCAUGACCUUCUGCAGCUGAAGCAAGAAAAUUCCUACUUGACAACCAUUGCACGACAAAUUGGACCCUACAUCUUAUCCAUAGCAAAAGUAAAAGAGCGUCUGGAACCCAGGUUUCAAACGCCUGAGAAUGACUGCGUGGACACUGUAGUGAAAAUAUGUGAGGACAGUGCAAUGACUGCUGAACAAAACCGCUGCAAUGAGAAGAGUCGCUCAGCAGGAUAUGAUCGGGACCCUGGCACAGACAACUCUCUUAUCCUGCCGCCUGGUGAAACGCUACUAAAGAGCAGUGACUUCUGCUGGCAGGGAAAGCAGAUAAAUAUUUCAAAGGCCUCUUGCGGCAAAGAGCUGCCACUAUAGAGCUGCAUGUCAGAUGAUGGGGAACACUGACCACAAAUGUGGCAUGUACUUUCAAGCAUGUGCUAGAUGUCAACACAUGAACAUGGGGCUUUACAGUAACUGAAAAAUAAGAAGGGCAUGAAUGGAAUAUUGAUAACAUGAGUGUGUCAAAUCAAAUGGACCUUAACUAUAAACCGUUUGGAUCGGAUGGUCCAUAAAUGUUUC